GUGAACACUGACUCCCUAUCGCACCUAUCCCAGCUUCCCUGGUUGCUUCUAAAGAAAAGCUUCUUCAGUGAUGUCAACUGAAUAUGUGCAGGCAUCACAUGAUAUCUCAGAAGACAGAUUGGAUGGGCGAGAUCCUCACUGUAACCACUUAGAUAACCUUUCUGAGCAGUUGCUUAAAAGCUGUGAACUCAAAAAGAUACCAAGAAAGGGGAAACCUCUUCAAGUCUCUCAGAAAAGUGAGCAUGAACAGAAAAAACCAAAGAGAAAAGAUACGCCAGCAAUACACACCCCACCACCAAUAGUAGGCAUUCUUUCAGACCACUUAAUUAGGAGGUGUGACAUCUCUGAGAAACCACCGAAGAGCAACGCCUAUCUAGCAUUUCAAAAGACAGAAGAACAGAAAAAGCCCAGAAGAAAAAACACACCUGCAAUAAAUACACCACCUCUACUUGCAGGUAUUAAACUACUGAAAGAAGAUAAACAAACCGUGAUUGUGGAAGAUGAAGAAAAGGAGGCAGAAACUUAAGCUCUUUAGAGUCUUGUCAUAUUUUUUGUAAAUAAUUCUGUGUAAUUGAGUGGUAGU